CCUUCACCAACCACCAACAUCAACAUGGACCGCAGGACCCAGUCGCUCGACCCGCGCAAAAGCAUCCGGGCGCCGCGGCCGUCGAUUGCGUAUACUUCGCGAACAAGCACGACGGCGGCCUCUGCUGCCUCGCUCCGUGCGCCUGCGCAGGCGCCGAUGUCGGUGCCGCGCUCGUUGACGGAGGAGCUCGAGAAGAUCGAGCAAAGCAUCACACUUACUUUGCAGGAGAUUGAUCAUAAUUUCAGUACGUCGCAUAGGAUUAUUACUUCUGCGAUCUUGCCGAUCGUGGAGCAGUAUGCGGUGCAAUCGCAGGCGGUGUGGCAGUCGUCAAAGUUCUGGAAAGAGUUUUUCGAGUCUAGCGCAAACGUCUCGCUGGCCGGCUAUGAAGAGCUCAACACAGAAGACGGACAGCAGGCCCAGCCAGAUCAGUACCAGAACCAGACUGCGGAAGCUAGUCAGAUUGACACCGACGAGUAUUCGGCAACGAUGGACUAUGACUACAACACGGAGGUCAAAACACCGGGUCAGAAUUAUGAUGGUGAACGGGAUGAGGAUAUCUCUUCAGCGGGGAAUAUGACUGGUGUUGAUGACGAUGAAUCGUCGUUUGUGGCAUAUGUUGGAACUCAGCAGCAGCAGCAGCAGCAGCAGCGACAACAGCAACAAUCUCGCGCGCCCAACCCAGCACCAGAAGCACGAAGCGGAAUCGCCCGGUUCAAAUAUGACGACGAAGAAGAGCUAGAGAUAGAAGCCACCUUAGCCGGCGCCACGCAAUUCAUCAAGUCUUUGAAUCUCGACAGCCAAUCCACCCCACGCGCAGUUCUCGCCGAACGCUCGAAUAUCGUGAACGCCUCUGAGGCUCCUGGCGCACAUCCUUCGUCUCGUGCCCAGAAUGCGGGCGGUAUGCAGUGGGCCGAUAUGGUUUCUCCGUUUGAGGAGAUGCGGUCUGAGCUCAAGGGAAUCACACACGCGAAUGGCUCGUUUGAUAGUACGAAUUCGAUCAUCCCCGUGCCGCAGGUCACCUCUUACGGCGAGGACGAGGACGAUCUAUCGCUGUCUCCGCCAAAGCAGUCAAUCACGACCUCCAUACCCAACAAGACAGCAGCGCUACCCCGGACUCCAAAUCGCUACGCGUCCAGACCUGCAAACUCCACAAUCGAUGAAGAAGACUCAGCCGCCUUCCACACACCCGAAUCCUCCCCGUUCUCUCCCUACGCGGGCAUGCGUGCGCCCGGCUCGGUCACAAACUACAACCGCACCUACACAGGUGGCAAUCAACAGCAAAACGUGCUGCUGCACCGCGUGCUGGAUCGGAAAUGGGGCAUCCAGGCCACGCCGAAGCAACCCAAGCUUCCAUCGCACAGACAGGCGGCGCAGCUGGCGAAGCUGGCGACGCCAAAGAAUAAUCACCGCGCGAUGGAUUAUCAGACCAGGUUUGAUUCGUCGCCGAUGGAUUCGCCGCCCGCGGUCGCGCAUCUAAAUUCGAAUAUUUUUUCGUCACCGGAUAAGGAUUGAUGUAUAGUUUUUUGGGUGUUUCUGAGAGUUGUGUUUUCUCUAGUGUAAUGUAAUAAUAGUGAAUAAGAAGAUGUUUGAGAAAACUCCAA